AUGACAACAAAACAAACGAUUCUCAUCACCGGCUGCUCAGACCAUAGUCUGGGCUCAGCCCUGGCCCUCGCUUUCCACAAGGCCGGCUGGCGAGUCUUCGCAUCAGCCCGGAACUUGUCAAAGCUCAAGCUGGCGGAGGAAGCCGGCAUCGAGACACUGAAGCUUGACAUCACCUCAGAGGAGUCUAUCGCGGCCUGCGUUGCCGCGGUCCAAGAGCUCACCGGCGGCCCGCUGGACGCACUCCUCAACAAUGCCGGCGCCGCGUACAGCCUGCCACUCCUGGACAUCGACAUUGACAAGGCCAAGGGGCUGUUCGACCUGAAUGUGUGGUCGAUGCUCAGGGUGACGCGCGCAUUCGUCCCACUCCUGAUGCAAUCAAGGGCCGGCGGCCGGGUCAUCAACAACACGUCGGGGGCGUCCACGGUUGCCGGCUCGAUGCCGUGGCAGGGCGCCUACAACGCGUCCAAGGCCGCCGCCACCAGCGUCACAGAGACCCUCCGCCUAGAGCUCAGCCCCUUUGGCAUCAGGGUCAUCAACAUCAUAACGGGCAGCGUCAAGUCGACAUUCUUCGACAACGCGCCCCCUGCCAGGCUACCGCCCACCUCGAUUUACGCCCCCGCCAAGGAUAUCAUCGAGCAGAAGAUGGCCGGCGCGGUCAUGGACGAGAAUGGGGCCGACCAAAACGUGUGGGCGGCGCAGGUCGUCAGGGACCUCAACAAGAACAGGCCAACGUACUGGGUGUGGCGGGGCUCGCACACUACUAUCCUGAGGAUUGCGAACCUGCUGCCUGUUGGAUUCAUGGACAGCAUCAUGAGGAAGAUGACGGGGUUGGAUUUGGUUGAGCAGAGGAUCAAGGAGCAGGGGGAUGCCGGCAAGGUCAAGUCAUCGUGA